UUAUUGGACGUCAGAGAACAGUACCUCAACGAGUUUAGCUUUCCUGAUCCUUACGCAGAGGUAAUGACUCAAGCGGAUUCAUCAAUUAUGAACUUUCAUCUUAGGCUAAGUUGAUCUGACGUCUUUUCAAUACGCAUCGUUUUAUCGCUCAGUGAUGACCCACCACAGAGCGGCAAAACACACCAUUUUAGACAUGUGCGAUUUACUAUUGAAUAAUCGUUCCCCGUCUAUUAUUGUUAAUCCACUUUGCUUUGCCGUUUUUUCGUCAGGUAAAACAACAAGAAAACGAAGCUGCCCUUCUUCUCUUGUCCAAACGACUUGAAGAAUUAGACACGUUGCCAUGGGAACUGCGGCAGCGUGCUUUGGCAGAAGGUGUAAUAGCAGGAAACGUUUUCGACUGGGGUGCAAAGGAAGUCGCUAAGUAACUAAACCUUCAAGAUAUUAUAACUUAACACGAUGUUCUGUACCCCGGGUGCCAGAGAAUUUUUAUGCGCGGUUUCCGGUUUCGGUCGAAGACGUGUCGGCCUGCGGCCGACACCCAGCAAAAGCUCCUCGUCGCACGCGAGAAAAACCUCUGGUACCAAGGGUAGAUGUUCUGAAACUAAGACAAAAUUUCAAAACAUAUUACAAACAACUUCCUCUGUAAAAACACACAUUAAUUUUACUGCUCCGCUCAUGAAGAAACUUCAAAUUCCUUCAAGUAUUCCUCAUUCUAAGCCCUCUUUCUCGCCAUUUUACCCACUGCCUUUUUUUCACUUCAGUUUCCUUUCUUUUUUAAAACAAACCAUCUACCUUCAUACACAAACCGCUCCCCUGGCCCGUGCUUUUUAAAAUCAAACCUUUCCUCGCCUGUUUCAACGAAUGUCUAAAAUGCUUUUAUCGGAACAAGUUUUUAUUUCUUUAGACUUAUGGAAGAAGGUCAUCUUGACUUUGGCUCAGCAAUGAAGAAGUUGCAAGGUAAUAUAAUGCGAUUAUACCCAGUAUUUUUGACAGUACCUUCUCCAGAACCAUAUAAACUCAAACUUGUUUCUGCUAAACAUUUAAAUUUGCAUUUAGCCCGGCCGUGGUUGAAAGAUGACCUGGAUGCGUGGAUUGAGCGAUUAAAGGUCAGUCUUCUUUUAAAAAGCUCAGUCGCGUGUCCCUGGUGGCAACGUGAUUGUAUUGUAUUAUUCACUGACGAAGGCAUCUGCAGUUUUAGUAGUCUACUUGACUUUUAUGUUGCAGGGACCUCCUCAUAAAUUGGCUGUCGUAUUUGUGGACAACAGCGGCGUGGAUAUUAUAUUAGGAAUGUUCCCGUUUAUCAGAGAACUCCUUUCACGUGGAACAAAGGUAUAGUAGCUUUUUGACGCUGUCCUAUAGCUAAAAGCCAGCGGAAAAUAAGAAGCCUUUGUUCCGUUAGGUUGGGAAAUACCGUGCACUUGCGGGGAGAGACUGAACUGGGGGCCAUACGAGAUUGAGCGGUUUUUAUAUAACUAAGUUGCUUAGAAACUAGCAAGCGUUAUUGGCAGGUUUUUGGAUGCUUGUUGACGUGUUUGUUACUCUGUUUUCUUGUCAUGCUCUUACAAAACAUUUUAUAUAAGAUGUGCGUGAUGCGUGACUGUUUUGCGUGACAUUUUCAGGUAGUUAUGGCUGCCAACUCAUACCCAGCCCUUAACGAUGUUAUGUUCAGUGAACUUGUAAUUCUAACCGAGAGUGUAGCAGAUUUAUGCCCCGAAAUAAGGUAUGCUUGGCUAUUGUUUUCUGUGAUUGACAAGUGAGAAACACUGACUCUGGUAUUGAUCUAUCGUCAUCAUCAUGGUCAUCAUUGUCGUCGUCACUCUCAACAUCAUCAACGCCGUCAUCCUCUCAUCAUCUUCCACCGCACUUUAUUUGAGUAUCAAUGCUUAAAGUGCGAAAGAACUGACUGAACGAACUAUAUUUUUAGGUCUCCUACCAAAGACUCGACCGCCAUUUCACGUGGCCAUCCGAGACACGCGAAGGUCUAGCUGUUAACAAGGCAAAAAGCAGAUAACAGUUUGGGUAUUGUUUCCAAUCCAAGGAUCAAACCCAGGACCUCCCGCUCUGCAGACAAACCCUCUACCGACUUAGCUAGUCCUGCCGCGGUCUAUAUAUUUAUCUUACGACUAUCAAAUUAGGGAAAUCAUUGUGGAGAUAAAAAACGGGAAGUAUUUCCAACAGAAUUACUUUGAGUAUCGUCAGAUGCAUAUAUAGACUAAUUUCUACUGUUUGGUUUCGUUGUGUCGCUAACUACUAGAGCCCUUUACCCACUUAAUCAAAUUUUACUACAAAUGUUUACCUGUCCUAGGACUGCAUAUAAGGAAGGACACUUGGUUCCCAUGGAGUCAGGAAUCGGAUCCCCCUGUUUAGACUGCAGGUAUGUCAAUGUCUUUUUAACAAGU